AUGCCGGAAGACAGUAUCUUCGACCUCAUAUCUGCUGCUUCGGCCCUAUGCCUCAUCGUGCUCUUCGCUCUCGUCAUCCCUGCCACUCCUGCCAUCCCCCGAUUUCCGUCCGGUAUAAGCUUUGAAUGGGCAGUAUACUUUACCCAAGUUGUCGUCACGGCAUGCGUCUUCAUUCUUACAUUCUUUCCUCGACGAAGGGAUUCGAGUCGCCCACUGUGGUCAUGGGCCCGCACGACAGUCCUCCUUGGCUUGUGGUCCACUUACGCAUACCGGAAUCUCCUUCCUCUGGCCACCUACAACGGUGUCCCCAUGGACGUCGCCGCCGAAGGCGACAUUCUAUGGGCGAAGAUCGGCGUGCUCACAUUCUCUGCCAUCAUUCUGCCACUCAUCUCACCGCGCCACCGCCGAGUGGCGCAUGAGGGAAACCAUGAAGAGUCCAACCACGUCGAAUUCACCCCUUCCAUCCUCUCGCUCCUCACGUAUGCAUGGCUGGACCCGCUCAUCCUCAAGGCUCAGGGCCUGGAAACGUUUGAAGUCAAUGAGAUGCCGCAGCUGGCCGAUUACAAUCACAUAGGGUACUUGAUCAACAGCGCGCGCGAGGGUUCGAAUGCUCCGGGACAGUCAGGUGGAAGACCCCCAAGCCGGACCGCAAGUCCGAUCCCCGCGUCUGGCCCGACCGCUCCUGCAGACCAGUCAAGGCCCAGAUGGUCAUUGAAUCCCAUCCAUUGGGUGUACGCAUGGAUGUCCGGUAAGAAACAAGAUGCCGUCACGAAAGGAAUCUCCACUCUCUUCUCUGCCCGUCAAGACAGGCUUGUGCGGGAGCUCUCAUGGCUAUUCAGGAAGGACCUGACUAUCGAAGCGGGUGCGGUGGUGCUUGCGAGCGCUUCCACAUUCCUACAACCUCUUGCGCUCAAGCAUAUACUUUCCUUCGUUGAGGACGGCGUCUCCGACGACAACGUCCGACCAUGGGUGUGGCUCAUCAUCCUCUUCGUUGGAUGCUUGGCGAACCCGAUGUUCUAUCAAUUCUAUCAAUAUGUCUCGACCCAAGUCGUUGCACGGACGCAAGCGAUCAUCACCAAUCGCGUCUUCGAGCACUCGCUGAAACUGCGAGCGGCCCACUACACGUCGCGCAUACCUGACGGUGCAAUCAAGCAAGCGCCUAUACCCAACAUUUCGAACCUCGUCACCACAGAUCUGAUGGCGGUCACGAACGCGUCUACCUUCGUGCUCCUCAUCCUCAUUGAAACGCCAAUCCAGCUCGUCCUCUCCACGUACUUCUUGUAUGUCAUUCUCGGAUGGAGUGCGUUUGUCGGCGUGGGCGUGAUGAUCUUCCUCUUCCCUGUUCCGACAAUGCUCACCGAGCUCGCGGCCAAGUACCGGAAGGGAGAGGCAACCAAGAUGGAUGUCCGUGUGAGUUUGACGCAACAAACCGUGGAAGCCAUCCGCACCGUGAAGCUCCUCGGAUGGCAAAAGCAGCAGGGAGAAAAACUGCAGAAAGCUCGAGACGACGAACUCGAGUCUACAGCAGCUAGCGAGUACAUGAAGAUCUGGGUCCGUGCAGUCACCGUGUUCCUCCCCUUGCUCGUCAUGCUUGCUAGCUACACGACCUUCACGUUCCUCAUGCAGCGAGAUCUCACUGCAUCAAUCGUCUUCUCCUCCAUUUCGCUGUUCGAGACCCUGAGAGCUCAACUUGGACAAAUCUUCUUCCGAUUCCCGAUCCUGUCGAGUGGCCAAAUCUCACUCGAUAGGAUCAACCGAUUCUUGACCGAGACGGAACUCCUGGAUCAGCACGUGACCCCCGGAUGCCCGGGUCGGCCUGAAGACCCCGAGGCGAUCGAGAUCAAGGAAGCCAAGUUCAGCUGGACGGUAAACGACGCUCCCUUCGCCGACGAGCCUCAAGGUUCGACCGAAGGUAGCGUCGCGCCUGCGGACAAGCACAAGCACUUUAUCCUCGAGGUCCCCAAGACCGUCACGUUCCAGCCACGCGUGCUGAACAUGGUUAGCGGCGCCACGGGGUGCGGAAAGACGUCCCUUCUCCUCGCGCUGCUCGGCGAAAUGCACUACAUCCCUGGCAGCAACAGCUCCUACGUCAACUUGCCGCGUGCCAAGGUCGCGUACAGCGCCCAGCGCCCAUGGAUCCUCUCGGACACGGUAAAGAACAACGUCGUCUUCGGCACUCAAUACAACGAAGGGUGGUUCCGCCAAGUCAUGAAUGCUGUCGACUUCGAGGUGGACAUGAAAGACUGGAAAGACGGCGCAGAGACCCGCGUCGGCGAACGUGGCGUCACACUGAGCGGCGGACAGAAGGCACGGCUGUCGCUCGCAAGAGCUAUCUACUCUGAUGCAGACAUCGUGCUUCUGGAUGACGUUCUCUCGCAGGUGGACGCCGAGACCAUCGCCCAUAUCCUUGAGCGUUGUUUCGGUGUCAACGGCGUCUUGAAGGGGCGUACUGUCAUCUUCGUUACCCACCAAACCGACGUCGUCCACAGAUACGCUCAAGCAUACGUAACGUUCUCUGACACGGGUGUCGUCAACGAGUGCUCCUUCGAUUUUGACGUUGCAGACGCUGAGACGGCCACCGUUCACCAAAACAUUGCUGACGAGGAGGUGCACCUCGAGAGCCCAACUGCGCGGAAGCAAGAGCAGAAGCAAAGGGGCCACGUGGGUUGGAAAGCCAUCACUCUAUUAUUCGGCAACAUGAGCGCUGCUCCUGGUCUAUUCUGGAUCGGCCUGGUGGUGUCGUUCUUCGCCGCGAGCCUCGCCCUCAACGCGCAAGUAUGGCUCCUCGGAUACUGGGCGGAUCAAUAUGUCGUCAAAGCCUUGGGAUCCGACUCGACAAUCAUCAUGCUCUCAUAUGUCGCUCUCAUGAUCACGUCACUAGUUCUCGCGGUGUUCUCCAACCGGGUCUACCUCCACGGUGCGCUAAGGGCAUCCGGCAUCAUCCACCAGAAGCUAGUGUCCAGGCUGUUGGGGACAACGCUUCAAUGGCUCGACGACACACCGACGGAGCACAUCCUGCAACGAUGCACUGGCGACAUUGGGUUCGUCGAUGCACAAGUCGCUGGGUCCCUCUUCACGUUGCUUCAAUCCUCGACUGCGCUGCUGUUGCGCCUAGCGCUGGUCGCCGUCGUUGCGCCCCUGUUCAGCAUCGGAGUAGCGGUCACCGGCGUCAUCGGCGGCAUCAUCACCCGACUGUACAUGAAGGCACAGCUGCCCAUCAACCGCCUGCAAUCCCGUCUGCGCGCCCCGCUCCUCGGAAACAUCAACACCACUUUCCAGGGACUCGUGUCUGUACGCGCCUACAAAGCCGAAAUUCUCUUCCGGAACCGCAUGCACACCGACAUCGACAACGUGACGCGGGUAGGGAACACCUUCUUCGAUCUCAACCGCUGGGUCACCCUCCGCGCCAAUCUCACAGGCGCCGUUUUCACGGUCUCCCUCGCGGCUUACCUGCUGUACUUCUCGUCCGCAAGCGCGUCCAACAUCGGUUUCUCUCUGAACAUGGCCAUUGCGUUCACUACUCAGCUGUUCGAAUGGGUCCGGAACUUCAACAACUUUGAGCUCUCUGGCGUCGCUCUCGAGCGGAUCCAGGAGUACUUGGUCAUCCCUCAAGAGGAAGAUACGGUCGGUGCGACGCAAGUAGACAGCGCAUGGCCCGAAGAGGGCUCUAUCGAUGUCACGAACUUGUAUGCUGGAUACGGCAACAACACAGUGAUCCACGAUAUCAACUUCAACGUCGCUCCUGGGACGCGUGUCGGAAUAGUCGGCCGAACCGGCAGCGGCAAGAGCACCCUCCUCCUCGCCUUGUUGCGCUUCGUCCAAUCCCAUGGGGACGUCAAGAUAGGCGGGCGGUCCAUCGCAGACAUUGAUCUAGCGACGCUCCGGAAGAAGAUCACGAUAGUGCCUCAAACGUCCGACCUCUUCGAAGGCACCAUCCGCAGCAACAUGGACCCCUUCAACGAGUUCACGGACGAGCAAUGCGCGUCAGCGCUCCUGGCCGCGCAAGGGAUGGACGACCCCGAAACCGACGACAAGCGGCCCUGGCUCGAGCUCGACCGCGAUGUCGCCGCGCGCGGCGCGAAGCUCUCCAGCGGCGAGCGCCAGAUCGUCACCAUCGCGCGGGCGAUCGUCCGCGGGAGCAAGGUAGUCCUCUUCGACGAAGCCACGUCCUCGAUCGACGUCCAAACGGACGACCGGAUCCAGAAGGCGUUCUACAGGCACAUGAAGCGGACAAACACGACCGUCAUCGUCAUCGCGCACCGGCUCUCCACGAUCAAAGACUGCGAUAAAGUCCUCGUGUUCGACCAGGGGAGGAUCGUCGAAAGCGACACUUGGAUCGAACUGCUGCAGAAUGAAGACGGCUUCGCCGCGAACCUCCUCAAAGCCGCUGGGACGAUCGUCAAUGAGCUGUACAGACAGUACACGAUGGUCCCCGAAAGCCAAGCGUCCUCUUCCUCCGGCCCGUAA